AUGGCAACAUCGAAUACCAACCUGACCAGCGACGCGUCGGCGUCGGCGUCGGCGUCAGCGGCCACGCACCAGCACAGCGAAUUCGAACUCCGCCGCGCCGCACUGGUGGGCGAAAUCGGAGAGUCCCUAGAACAAGUCCUCGCGCAGAUGAACGCGUUGAACCGGAGCCUCGAAGGCAUCAUCGAGAUCGGGAACGAAUUCUCCAGCGUCGAGGCUCUGUGGAGUCAGUUCGAGACCGUCAUGGGCCGGUCGGAAGAGGAAAAUCCAAACGGCGCGAACAACCACGAUCACAAUCACAACCACAAUCACGCGUCAGAUCCGACAGGAGGCGGCAGUGCGAACCAUCAGGCAGAGGCGGGCGGGUCGGAGAGAUGA